GCCGCGCUGGGCUCUGGUUCGCAGGAGGCGGUCCGGGCGGCGAGCGGCAAGAUGAGCGGUCCCGGCUCGGGCCCCAGCUACCUGUCGCAGCCCGUGGUGAAGAGGGUGCUGGUGUACCGCAACGGGGACCCCUUCUUCACCGGACGCCGCGUCGUCAUCCACGAGAAGAAGGUGUCCAGCUUCGAGCUCUUCCUCAAGGAGGUGACCGGCGGCGUCCAGGCGCCCUUCGGCGCGGUCAGGAACAUCUACACCCCGAGGACGGGUCACCGCAUCCGGAAGCUGGACCAGAUCGAGAGCGGCGGCAACUACGUGGCUGCGGGCCAGGAGGGCUUCAAGAAACUCAAGAACAAUGCUGCUGUGAACAUUUGUUUACAAGUCUUCAUUUCUUUUGGUUACUUGGACAUUGGAGAAAUCAAGAAAAGACCAAUGGAUGUUGUUAACUCUGAGGUGAAACCAGUAGUCCACAGCAGGAUCCACGCGUCUGCUCGCUUCAGGAAGUCCCGCCACGAGCCUUGCACCAUCUUCUUGAUUGCAAAUGGCGACCUCAUAAGCCCAGCCUCUCGCCUCCUCAUCCCUUGGAAAGCCUUGGAUCAGUGGGACCAUGUACUGCAAAUGAUCACAGAAAAGAUUACUCUCCAGAGCGGGGCUGUCCACAGACUUUACACUUUGGAAGGAAAGCUUGUGGAGAGCGGGGCCGAGCUGGAAAACGGGCAGUUCUACGUGGCGGUUGGCAGGGAUAGAUUUAAGCGGCUGCCGUACAGCGAACAGCUCUUCCACAAGUCGACACUGAGAAGGCCUUAUGGCCAGAAAGCUUCUUCCCUACCUCCUAUCGUUGGAUCCAGGAAGUCCAAAGGGAGUGGAAACGAUCGCCAGUCUAAGUCAACGAUCGGCUCCAGUGACAACUCGUCCCCUCAACCUCUGAAGAGGAGAGGGAAGAAAGAGGGGGGUUCAGAAAAACCCACGGCAGGGAAAAGGAAACCGAAGUUGAAGAACGCCCAACAAACAGCUCCCAACGGGGCAUUCAGCCACACGAUGGCGCAAGUGAGCUUAUCUUUACUGUGUGUCUCGCCAGAUGAAGGUAUUUUCAAAGCUGGGGAGGAGAGAGCUGAAACGCGAGGGGCUGCGGAAGUUCAGGAAGAUGAAGACACUCAGGUUGAGGUUCCAGUGGACCAGAGGCCAGCAGAAAUCAUUGACGAGGAAGAAGAGGAAGAAAAAGCGAUCAAUGACGACGACCAGAAAGAGGACUUCUUGGGAAUGAACGGUGAAGCUGAAGAGGGAGGAGGUGGGGCUGCUGAGCAAGUGGAGGAGGAGCCGGAUCACGGAGCGGAGGCCAGCGCCGCUGCCACGCGGGUAAACGGCGGCACCGACGAAGAAAACGGCGAGGAGCUGGACCAGCCUUCCAGUGAGCUCCCGCCAGCAGCGGAUGAGGCGAGGAAGUCCCAAGGAGAUGAUGAGGCUGAUUUAGACCCUCAGCGACCACCAAAGCCGGAAGUGACAGUCACUAGCCCUCAAGAAAAUGACGCCGCGGAACCAAACAAGGCCGUGGUGGCCUAAAGGACACUAAUACAAUACAAGAAAUGUCCGAAAAAGGAAAGGGUGUUAGUACUUAAUAACAAGCACUCAGUCUCUGCUAAGCACAGCGCCACGGCCAGCGUGGCGGGAUGUGACCUGUUGAAUUUUACACACGGGCCUCAGGGAGGAUGAGGCCACUUUUAACGACAGGGGGGGAUUGGCUCACUUUGUGACACAUGAUUUUAAAAGUCCCAUAGAGGAAUUAAAUAAGAGACACGGAGGAGAAUCCGCUGGAGAAGUCGCACUGGGAGACAGUCUGCGACUCGCGUUUGUAAAGGAUGGGAUGAAAACAAGACUCCUGCCUCGUACAUUGCAGGCUCUAUCACAAUCUUCGAGCCGAGGUUACUGGACACACGCGUGUCCCGAAGCGCGUGUGUAAGAAGUCACAGAGCCCGCGCCGAGAGCUGUGACCAGAAAGCCGCGUGCGAUUGUCUUAAAGGGAUAAACUCCCAGCUGAGCCAAUGCCCGCGCAGCUUCGGAAGUGAUUUGGAGGUAGCCACCGAUAGAAGUGGUUCUGCAGCCUAUUGACACCCCUUCCUUCCUCCUCAGCCAAAACCCACCUGGAGAGAGCUGAAGGAAGGAGGCAGGGUGUUCACCUGGGCAGGACCGUGCCGGGCGGUGGCUGCUGCCAUGGUCCCAUGCGCAGCUUGCUGGUGGCGGUCCCCUCACACUCAGGCAGGCGUCAGGAGCGCCCGCUCUGUGACCGAGCCUGGCCUGGCGCGCAGUGUGCCCGGGAUGCCCUGUGCACUGCACUGGUCUAAUCCAGUCAGAACCUCUUUUCUGCCCCCACUCGUGGCAAUACAUUGCAAAACUCAAUAUUGAUUAAGAUUGAAUUCUUCUCAGGGUUUUUUUUUUUUUUAACAAAAAAAUCCCCGCGAAAAUGUAACAGGAAGAAAAAAAAAAAAGGUAGACCAUAAAGAGUUUAUUCCUGCCAGUUUCUUUGCUUUUUUUGCUUUAUUUCUUUAAGGGUUGCCAUGUGAUGUUUUGUUAUGGGAGAUAUCAGAAAAUAUACUUCCUUUUUUAUUUUAUUUUGUUUUUCUUUUCUUUCUUUCUUUCUUUCUUUCUUUUUUUUUUUUUUUUUUUUAGAAAAUAUACUUCUUUUUCCUAGUUAUAGGCACCCUUUCAAGCAGAUUCUUGUCUGUAAAUUUAGACUCUUUCUGAUGGAAGUUGGUGAGAUGAUGCUGUACUUCCUGACACAGUCCGUGGACUGGUUAAAUCAGCUUUUUCACGGCGUGCUGGUUAGCGGAAUGAUGCUGCUUCUCUUUAAAUAGGGCAAUCAUAUAUUUUUCUCACAUUAAAGAAUAUGUUUUUAAUUAUUUAGAAGUUGUAAGUUGGAACUUUUAACUGCUAGUGUUUUUUGUCAGAUUCAUCGUAUAUCAGAAGUUUUAAAGAUUCUUUAGCCCUUCCAGGCUUCAUCAGUGGCCAUUUGGAAUCAAAAUAGCUGUUCUAUAUUCUAAAAGAAUGUAGAAAAUGGAUGCAUCUCCCCCUCAAAGCUAUUCUAGGCUUUCCGUAAACAGGAAGUAGGAACAGAGAUUAUCAUGCGGCAGUAUUUGCGACUGUGGCCCAAGGCAUGCUACUUUGAGGGUGAAUUCUAAAUGGGACUCAGUGUGACACAAGGCAUGCUGUUCUGAAGGGUGAGUUUUAAGUGGGACACAGUGUGUCACAGGGCAUGCUAAGCCGGAGGGUGGAUGACAAACAGGACACCAUGUACCUCAUGCUUUCUGUGUGUUGGCUGGCUUUUGACAAACGGGAGCGCUUUGUACUGCUGAGGGCCAUCUUUUGUUGUUAGGGCAACAGAGCAACUGGCGUUUUGAUGUUGGGUCUGGGGUUAAUGAUUUUAAAUAUCAUAACAAUAUAAGAUUGAAUAUAAGAAACUUUAA